AUGCUCUACUUGCUCGACUAUGGUGCUGGGAAUGUGACAAGCCUCGCGAACUCGAUACGCCAGCUCGGGCAUGAGUUUCGUUGGAUCAGCACGCCCUCCGACUUCAACGAAGCCACUUCUCUCAUCUUCCCUGGAGUCGGUGCAUUCGAGUCCGCUGUCCAGCGCUUGAUUGAACGGGGUCUUAUGGAACCUUUGAGAAAAUACAUCGACUCUGGACGGCCUUUCUUUGGAAUAUGCAUUGGAAUGCAAGUUCUCUUCCAGCGUUCUGAAGAAUCGCCUUCCCCCGGACUCGGGAUCGUUCCAUGGCCGAUAGAGAGGUUUUCCAAUGCUGAUAAAUCUGUGCCGCACAUCGGUUGGAACUCCGCUGAGCCACUGGAUUCGACUUCGGACGGUGCCUCGGCGUUCUAUUACUUCGUUCAUUCGUACUGCGCCAAGUACGAUCCUGUCAAGUAUCCAGAGUCUACGAAAUGGGCAUGUACAACGACACAAUACGGCGAUGAACUGUUUGUCUCCUCUGUCCGCCGGGGGAAUGUGUUUGGCACACAAUUUCAUCCGGAAAAGUCGGGCGUCGCAGGCCUAGCCAUUCUGGAGGCCUGGUUGCGCGAUCCUGCGGCCGAUCAUCCUCCACCAGCAGACCGAACUCCUCGGUCCUUGGAUCCGCAGCUGGGAUUGACGAAGCGGAUUAUAGCCUGCAUGGACGUCAGAGCGAAUGACGAAGGAGAUCUGGUGGUGACCAAGGGCGAUCAGUACGACGUGCGGGAACGCGAAAAUUCUGCGGCGAUUACAACAACCAGCGCAGGCGGUGCCGUGCGCAACUUGGGCAAACCGGUGGCGCUGGCUGCUCGAUAUUAUGCAGCCGGGGCGGACGAGCUCUGUCUGCUCAACAUCACAUCUUUCCGUCAGUCUCCGCUACGAGACCAACCGAUGCUUGCCGUUGUUCGGGCCGCCGCGGAAUGCCUCUUCGUUCCGCUCACCAUCGGUGGCGGAAUCAAGGACAGCGUCGAUCCCGAUGGGACUAGUCACUCUGCGCUCGAGGUAGCCUCGGCGUACUUCCGGGCCGGUGCUGACAAGGUUAGCAUCGGGUCAGAUGCAGUCUAUGCGGUCGAAAAGCUACGCGGCCAGGGCUGGAAACUGGAUGGCACGAGUUCCAUCGAGACGAUCGCCCACGCUUACGGGCGCCAAGCGGUCGUAGUCUCCAUUGAUCCCCGGCGUGUCAUCGUAGAUCUGGACUACGAUGGACCUUACAAAGACGAGCUGGUGCGGGACGGAUCUUCGGCCUGGUGGUACCAAUGCACUGUUUCCGGAGGACGGGAAGCACGGCCUCUGUCUGUCGUCGAGCUUGCCAAAGGCGUCGAUCGUCUUGGCGCAGGAGAGAUUCUCGUUAACAGCAUCGACCGCGACGGUACGGGACUCGGCUUUGAUCUCGAUCUCCUCGCGCUCGUCAAGAAAGCAGUGCGGAUCCCCGUGGUUGCCAGCAGCGGGGCCGGUAGCGCGGCCCAUUUCGUCGACGUUUUCCAGCGGACGAAUGUCGAAGCUGCGCUUGCUGCGGGCAUCUUCCAUCGCGAGCAAGUGACGAUCUCGCAGGUCAAGGAAUCUCUCGUCGCCCAGGGCAUCCGCGUUAGAGAAUAA